AUGGCUGUAAUAAACCCAAGGAACCUGCUCCGCCUGCGCGCGAGAGCUCUGAUUCACCACAUCUGGGGCUUCACCAGGAGGCAGCUGGAGAGGACGCUACCACCGCUGUUGGCUCUGCCUCAGCUUGGAUAUGAAAACCACCUCUCCUUUCUUCUGUUUCGGCAGUUAAAUAUUCUGGUUGACACUGGGAGCAGUAAUUUUGCUGUAGCAGGUGUGCCUGAUCCUGAUGUCACCUCCUACUUCAAUACCAAGCUGUCAAGUACAUACAAAUCUCAAGGGAUUGAUGUCACAGUUAAGUACAGUCAAGGAAGCUGGACUGGAGUGCUGGGUACAGAUGUCAUUACUAUCCCGAAAGGAAUCUAUGGCAGCUACACCAUCAACAUUGCUACCAUUCUUGAAUCGGAGAAUUUCUUCUUACCGGGGGUUAAAUGGCAUGGGAUUCUUGGUCUUGCCUAUGAUGCCUUAGCCAAGCCUUCAAGUUCUGUGGAGACAUUCUUUGAUUCUCUCGUGAGGCAGGCAAAGAUCCCCAACAUUUUCUCCUUGCAGAUGUGUGGUGCUGGACUGCCCGUCUCUGGAAGUGGUACCAACGGAGGUAGUCUUGUUCUGGGUGGAAUUGAACCAAGUCUGUACAAGGGUGAUAUUUGGUACACACCGAUCAAAGAAGAGUGGUAUUACCAGGUUGAAAUUCUCAAACUGGAGGUUGGAGGACAGAACCUCCAAUUGGACUGCAGAGAGUAUAAUGCUGAUAAAGCGAUAGUAGACAGCGGAACCACGCUCCUCCGACUGCCCCAGAAAGUCUUCAGUGUUGUUGUGCAAGCAAUAGCUCGCACGUCCCUGAUACAAGAAUUCUCUUCUGGUUUCUGGACUGGUUCACAGCUUGCAUGCUGGGAUAAAACUGAAAGACCCUGGUCCUUAUUUCCCAAACUCUCCAUUUACCUGAGGGAUGAAAACUCCAGUCAGUCGUUUCGGAUCUCUAUCCUACCACAGCUUUAUAUUCAACCCAUUCUUGGAAUAGGAGAGAAUUUACAGUGCUACCGAUUCGGCAUCUCUUCCUCCACAAAUGCUCUAGUUAUUGGUGCUACAGUCAUGGAAGGUUUCUAUGUAAUAUUUGACAGAGCCCAGAGGAGAGUGGGCUUUGCAGUGAGUCCGUGUGCAGAAGUUGAUGGCUCUCCAGUAUCUGAGAUUGAAGGCCCUUUCACAACAGCAGAUGUUGCAAGCAACUGUGUUUCUACUGUUUCUUUCCAUGAACCAGUGUUGUGGAUUGCCUCCUAUGCUCUCAUGAGCCUGUGUGCAAUUAUCCUCCUUGUACUGAUCAUCCUGCUGCUUAUUCCACCACGGUGUCAGCAUCGUUACACCGACAAUGACGUGGUCAAUGACGAAUCCUCCUUAGUGCGUCAUCGAUGGAAAUGAGAAACUUGAUCGUGAAGCCUGGGACUUAAACAGAAUGAAGAACAAAGUACUUUGCCAAGGGGAAGAAGCCAAUGCCUCAGUUCUUUCUACAUUCCUUACAAAUUGCUGUUGAAAUCCCGCCAAAUAUCCUGCAUCAUAACUUUUUAAGCUUUAUUUUCUAACACUGAUUCUGAACCAAAGCACUGUUAACCACCUCUUAAGUGCUACGGUAAUGGAUUUGCUACUGCAGUACAAUGAGCCUUUAUGCUCUCAAUAGUACCUUCUUAAAAAAAAAAAAGGAAAAAAGAAAAAAACACACCAUGAUGUUCUUCCACUGUCUGAACAAAAGUGUCCAUCCCUCUUUCACAAAAAAAGAAGCUGUCAGUAUUUUCUAACUAAUCGAGCCCUGACUGUAGAAAAAGAGAAAAAACUUAAUAAUCUUUCUUAUUAUUUUCAUUAAAUGAAUACUGCUUUCUGUUUACAUCAAUUCAUUUUGAAACUGUGCUUAUGGUGUGGGGGAGGGAGAAAGGUCAGACUUAAGCAGCAGAGAAAAGCAAGUGAGGUCAAGAAGAAAUGCUGGUUUAUGGGUUUUUUUUCCUCAAGAUCACUGCUGCCACUUGAGAGGGUCACCCUUCCUGAAUGUUGUUACAAAAUAGUUGAGGAGGUGAAAACUGAGAAACAAACUUGUUCAGCCUUAGUGUAAAACAAGACUACCUCUCUUAAUUUACAAGGAUGCUACUGCUGGUAAGUGUGUGGUUUAGAACUGGUCUUGAAGCACAAGACACUCCAUACAACCAAAUGCAAUGCCUUGGCUUCAGAGUAGUGGAUUUUAUAAAAAUGAAUACUUCAUGACUUUCCACUUCAGUGCAUCA